CACAUAUAUACAUAAGCACACGCGCGCGCUCGCGUGCCCCCACAUACGUACAUACACACCAGCGGGUCAGGUGAGAUUGGAGUGUGCGCGUGCGUGCGUGUGCGUGCGCGCGCAUGAGAGAUGGAGGGCAGAGUGAAACAGACCCGCAGGUCCCGGUCGCUCCGCGCGCGCGUGAUCCGGGACCCGAGCGCCUCCUCCGGAUCUGAGCGAGAGCAGAGCGCCGGUGGGGAGCAGCCGGCCAGGAGGCGAGGGAAAAGAGCCGCGCGCAAAACUCCCCCUCCUCUUCCUCCUCCUCCACCUCCUCCACCACCACCACCUCCUCCUCCUCUUCAUCCUCACCAUCAUCAUCAUCCUCGGCGGAAACGGCGGGAGUCGAGCUCCCACGAGGAAGAGGAGGAGGAUGAGGAAGACAUCAUCGAUGGGUUCGCCAUCACUAGCUUUGUCAGUCUGGACCGGCUGGAGCAGAGAAAUGGACUGAAGCUGCCCGGCCGGAAGGACCGAUGGGAGACGGCUGUUGUUAAAAGACAGAAGGAGGAGAAGGAGGAGGAGGAAGAGGAGGAGGUGACCCCUGAGCUGGACGACAGUGUAUUCACUGACCUGCCGUCCAGCAUGGAGCGGACGCAGGAGCGAGUGAAGGAGCGGCUGCUGAAGAAAACCUACUCGAAGAAGAACAAGCGGUUUCGAAGCGUCCUGGCUCAGGCCGGAAGGACCAUUCCAGAGACGAAUGUUCACGAGUUGAGCUCCACAGCCAACCGCAGCAGCUCCAAGGACCGCCUCAGUGAGAGCUCCACUCACUCUCUGUCUGGACGCGGUUAUUCGUGUGACAGCGAGAGUGACAUCGAUGACAAGGCGUCUGAUGUAGGAUCAGAGAAGCUGUUCAGUCCGACUGCAUCUAAAGGUGUGACGGCGAAUGAGAGUUCGGAGUCUAAAACCUGCAGCUCUGCUAAAGUCUCGGGCCUCCAGCGCAGUCAGGAACAGAGCAGUAACGUUUCCUUUAUUCCGGCCGUGCCCAGCCCCACCCCAGGCUCCGCCCCCACGGGGUCCCCCGCCCCUGCGGCCCCCGCAGCCCCCCCACCCGCAACACAGCACGCCUCCACACCCGCACUCAGCAUCAAGAAAGAGUCGGCACCCCCUGACCCCACCCCUCCGCUCCUGAGGAACCUAUCACAUCCACCGGAGCACAGAGUCCCGCCCCCAGGCCACCACAGCCGACCAAUCAUCAGCCACCACCAUCCACUGCCCUACAGCCUUCACGACAUCAGCAACAGCCCCUCCUCUCUCCCCCCGAAACACCACCUCCCCCCCUCCCCCCACCACCUCACUCUCCCCUCCCCUGCCCCACCCCUGCCUCUCUCCAUCGCUGGUCUCCCCUCCCCUCAUUACUCCAUCCGCUCCCCCUCGCACCUCCCCCGCCACCCGGCCAUGUUCGCCACCCCUGCCACCUUGCCACCACCGCCCACCCUGCCCACCAACAGCCUGGUGGUGCCCGGGCACCCGGCCGCUACGCCAUACCCAGAGCAUGACCUUCUUCGUCAGGAGCUGAACAACCGAUUCCUGGUUCAAAGUUCCGAGCGUGGGGCUCGGGGGUCAGCGCCCGGAGCGGCCGGCUCCCCGUUGGCCCCCAUGUCGCUCCUGAGGGCAGAGUUUCACCAACACCAGCAUAUGCACCAGCAUCAACACACGCACCAGCACACCUUCACGCCUUUCCCCGCCAGCCUGCCCCCGGCCGCCAUCAUUGGGCCGCCCACUGCACCUCCCAUGGUGCGUACCGCAGCCAGAAAUUUUGAUAAGUACGCUCCAAAGCUGGACAAUCCCUUCUUAAGGCAGUCGAGUUUUUUCUCCUCGUACCCUCCGGCAAUGCCUGGCAUGCCCCCCCUGCUCCCUCACCCCGGCCCCUUCAGCUCUCUGCAAGGAGCCUUUCAACCAAAGGCGUCUAACCCCAUUGAUGUAGCAGCAAGACCAGGAGCAGUUCCUCAUACCCUUCUGCAGAAGGACCCACGGGUAACAGAUCCAUUCAGGACUUCAGUGAGAAAGCCGGGUAAAUGGUGUGCGGUUCACGUCCAAAUCGCCUGGCAGAUCUACCACCAUCAGCAGAAGAUGAAGCAGAUGCAGUUGGACCCUCAUAAACUGGACAUGAAUGGGAAACUGGACCUGUUCAGCAGACCCCCAGCCCCGGGGGUCUUUCCAGGCUUUCCCUACCCACAUGACCUGGCCAGACCACUCUUUUCAUCCACAGGCGCUGGUCAUCCCGCUGCUUCUCCGUAUGGUCCUGCACCUCACCACAGCGGCUUCCUGCCCCCUACGCAUUUGGCAGGUAAGCAUGCUUUCGGUCGCUCCAGUUCCUUUGGUGGCCUCAGCAACCUUUCGGCCAGUGCCUUCGGUGGAUUAGGCAACCCAUCCCUCGGUGCGAACAGCAUGUUUGGACCCAAAGAGGGACCGGGGCUGCCCAGCUUCAGCCCCCACCACGACGCCUGGAACAGACUCCACCGGACUCCACCCUCCUUCCCCACGCCCCCACAGUGGCCCAAAUCUGGCGAAGGAGAGCGGAGCAGCUCCGCCAACAGCCACGAGCGAGAGAGGGAGCGAGAGAGGGAGAAAGAGAGAGAGAGGGAGCGAGAGAAACGGGACUCCUCUGUCGGAAAGGAUGAGAAAGAUAAAGACAGGGAUUCGGUGGACCGUAAUCGCCACAGUAACCGCUCCUCUCCCGCCUCCGCUCCCGUCAGCUACCAGAUCAGCAGCCUGAUUCGCUCUAGCAGCCACAACUCCGCCCCCCGCGACCCGGAGAAGGAUCUGCUGGACCGUCAGCGAGAGGCGGCGGCAGCGAUGAUGGCCGACGUGAAGGUGAAGGAGAGCCGCUCUCCGGGCAAAGACGCGAACGAGCGCAGUGCCUCCUCUGCGGAUUCCUGCAAACCGAUCCGGCGCUCCCCGUCGCCGUACUCCAAGAACAUCCUGAACGAGACGGGCAUCAAGAUGGGCAGCAUGGCGCUGCCACUUCCCAUCAAAGACACCGACCGGGAGAGGAAGGAAACGUCGUCGGGGGAGACGAUCCACAAGGUGAAGAACGACAUGAAGAUCAAAGAGGAGCGCAAAGAGGAGCAGGACGUGAUGGUGGUCAGUUCUGAGCCUGGCAAUCAACCUCAGGCUCCGCCCCCUCCUCAUCCCCUUCCACAUCCUCAUGUUCAUCCUCAAACGGCUCCGCCCACUUCGCACCAACCAGCAAUAUCAAUAUCCCAGCAGGCUCCGCCUCCAUCUCCGCGUGGCAGUGAUCUUCCAACCCCGGCUUCUUUGCAUGGAGUGCCCAUGCCACACUCUUUGCCAUUCCCCAUGAGUGCCAUGCACCAGAUGGGCAGCUUAAAUGUCCUGGAACGUGCCCGGAUGGCGCCGUUCAUGGGCGUGAACCCGCUCGCGGCCGGCCGGGAACGCCUCCCUCACCCGUUCUCCUCUUGGGACCCUCUUAGAGAAGCUUACAGGAACCUAGACCUCCAAAGGCGGAUGGACUUUCAGCUUCGUUCUGAGCCCGGGCACCGUCUCCCCGGCAUUUAUGAUCCGGACCGUACAGGAUACAGAGACCGGGAACCACACGAUUAUUCCCACCAGGAGCAUCUUCUGGAAGUACGGCGUGAACAGGAACGGCUGAGGCAGCAGGCUGAAGAAAGAGAGCGGCUUCAUUUGAGGGAAGAACUGGACCGUGCCAGGCUUCACCAGCUUCACCAGUCUCCAAUAGAAGGGCAUUUGCCCCACAUGCCCCCUUUUAUGUCCCACCUCGGAGGGAUGCCGUACCCACGGCUAAGCCCAUCCGCCGCGCAAAGUGGACUGCUAAACCGGACGCCACCAACCGCGGCGCUAAGCGCCCCCCCGCCCUUAGUGCCAGCAGGCCCGAGCAUCCCUAGACCCACCUCGCCAAGACGGACUACGCCAAUCACCACGCAGGACCCUAGGGAAUAUUCGCCGUCGCGCAACCCCAAAGAAGUGGAGGCGCGGUAACGCAAUUUUUGCCGGAAAAAAACUUCAUUCUCAGUUGGACACGUAUACAAACGGACAACAUGCACUUAUUUUCCGAUAAAAAUAAAGUUAACGAUAAACAGAAAUGUAUAAUUUGUACAAAAAAUACUUUGUACCUUCGGACAAACAAAAAAAAAGCACAUCGCUUUUUAUUUUAUAUCAACGUGGAUGGCAAGCAAGGACAUUAACGUCAUCUACGAAACACGAAAUGCUCGCCACCCACGUAAGAAAUUUGAUAUUAAUAUAUUAAUCCAAUGCCUUUUCAUUUUUUGUGUGAAAAGUGAGAUUCUCAAAUGAGUUUGUACUUUUCCUAUUGCCUUUCCAUGUACAGACAUUAUUUUUAUGAAUUUUACGUUAAAAGUCACGUCAAACCCACCGUAUUUAUCCCAGUUUCUCUGUUGGACACAUUAUUGAUGUUCACUGAACAAACUGGAUCGAUGUUACUGUUUUGACAGUCGAUUUUUGCUCUACGGUACCUGGAAAUAGUGCUGACCGUGUACAAUGUUACAUUACCGAAUUUUCUCUGUUCGCUUGUUUUUGCCUUUGAGAUAUGCAGACGGAUAUGUAUUACGAUAUUCCUGUUCGGUUUUAUGUAAAGUUACUGUAAAUAUCUUGUUGAUAUUACUUGGAUCAAAAAUUACAUUGUAAAUUUAUUUAGACUUUUUAAAUGUUUCUAGAAAAACGGCGGAGCAAAACGGAACCACUUCCGUGGUUGAAUUGAAAACCAUGGUAACCGAUCUGUCCAAUCAGAGGGCACGUUUUUUUGUUUUUUUUUGUUUUCUUUAAAGAAGGGUGUGGCCAUCAUCUGCCAUCUAUGCAAAGCGGAAAUGGAAGGUUCUGAUUGGACGGUUACCUAGACGACAUAGCGAAAUGCAUCCUGUAUGGCAGAACCUGGAUAUUCUCCAACGAAGAGCCAACGAAACAAACACGGAAACAAACUUCCCGGUCAGGAGCGAACUGUGCCCGAGUGGACGUACGACUGGGCGGUGAUAGACUGUCUCUGUCGACCUUGUGGUGUUGUGCAGUUGUUUUUCUUAGACUCUUGUAUACAAAAACAAGUAGAGUUUUAGGCGUGAAAAAAAAAAUGAAAAUGAACAUUCAUGGUUUAAAAAUGUACGGAAUAAAGGUCGGACCUUAUAUCUGCA